AUCACGCAGCACCCUCUAAAUUUAAACUCAAACAGGGUCCAUAGAAGCUCUCAUACGAACAUGAGCAGACUAAAAGUGUAUAACUUCAUUUAAACAUUCGAAGCCGCCAACCCCAUCUGAAUACAACAGAGCUCUAUAGCUCUUAAGCCAAGGCACAAUGACGUCGCGCAGCGAACCCUUCCCACCAUCCCCGUCAGCCUCGUUCUACGCCCUCAGCGACGAUGAGGAAGGGGACUAUAAUACGAUAACACAUACAAGCUCUGGGCGGGGUGUAAAGCUUCUUUACUCAAAAAGCAAGGUUUACAUUCACCCGACCCCAUCAGCAAAAGAUAAUAUUCCUGGGUACAUCGCUCUAUUACAACAGAAGACGCCCCAGCUAGAGCGUCCAACGUCGUCAUCCUCAUCGGCCUCCAAAAAGAGCACCGUUGCUCCAUCCCUCUUACUCGCAUGGCUUCCCGAAAGCUCCCUCGGCGAUUCGCGAGACAUAUACGUCAAGGUUGACCUCUCAGAGGGGGACUCUCCACCCAAGCAGUCAUACCUAGUCCCUCCUCCGCCGACUGCGACUUCCCACGGGCCUACUGUCGGGCCCUAUGCGUUUGCCAUACCCGUCAGCGAGAUUUAUUCUCUGCUUGUCCGCCCCCCAAGUCUAGGAUGGUGGUUUGGAAGUGUUAUAAUCAACAGCCGAGCAGGCGACAGUUUUCCCGCUCUAUUCUUCCACGACAGCGAGUGUCAGUCCACUAUACUGCAGAAGAAGCGGAGAACACGGGAAAGUUUUGAUCCAUUCGGCGCGCAUGGUGAGAUGUUCUGGGGCGGCGACGAAGUCCUCCGGUGGAUCAAGAGAUAUGUGACGGUUGAACGGAGCGGUGCCGAACCUAAUAUAUACCUUAUUGAGCCUAGUAAGGAGGACAAAGAGGCGUUUGGUGAGAAUCCUGUGACAGACAGCAUAGUACGGAGGGCGUCCAACUCUGCCGGCUCUGGUAUGCGCAUCGGCGGCGCGCGGGGUGCUGGCUUUGGCAGCCGUGAAAGAUCUUCGUCGUCGAGAGAUGACGGCGGUAUGGAUCCGGUCACCAAAUUGUUAAAAGAGACAGGGUGGAACAUCAUGAAUCAGUUCAGCAAGGUUACGACGUUUGCCAGAAGAACUGCCGAGACUGUGGUUGAAGAUAAUAGAAUCCCUCCACAGAUGAGGAGACUUUUACGGAACCCCGAGGUUCAGACGAUUCAAGAGGAAUUUGAUGGUGCCAGGGUAUAUCUUGCUCGUUGGGCAAUGGGGAUACAAGAACAGAGCGAAAGAGACCGGAAUCAGCGAAUAUGGACCGCGAGAGAUGUUCUUGAAAUGGAGGAGACAGGUGUGGGAGAAUUUGAACUGCUCGAUACGGAGAUGACAGGCCUGAGUAUGAAACAGAAGAGGAAGCCUGUCACACUUACAGAGUGGAAAGGAUUUUUCGACAAAGCUACUGGAAAACUAAGUGUUACCGUUGAUGAGGUUAAAGAACGUAUCUUCCACGGCGGCCUCGACACAGAAGACGGAGUCCGGAAGGAAGCAUGGUUGUUUCUCUUGGGUGUCCAUCGCUGGGACAGCUCUGCAGAUGACCGCAAGGCAGAAAUAGCAAGCUUACGUGACGAAUAUGUCAGGCUCAAGGGUGCUUGGUGGGAGAAGCUUGAGAACCUCGGUGGAUCCGGUGAAGUUGGGGAGUGGUGGAGGGAGCAACGGAACCGCAUCGAGAAAGAUGUUCAUCGCACCGACCGAAAUGUGCCAAUCUUUGCCGGCGAAGACACUCCCCAUCCAGACCCGAAUUCUCCAUUCUCUGAAGCCGGCACGAAUGUCCAUCUUGAACAGUUGAAAGACAUGUUGCUCACCUACAAUGAGUAUAAUCAGGACCUUGGAUAUGUCCAAGGAAUGUCCGAUCUUCUGGCUCCAAUCUACGCUGUUAUGCAAGAUGACGCUGUUGCGUUUUGGGCGUUCACGAAGUUCAUGGAUCGGAUGGAACGAAACUUCCUUCGCGACCAGUCGGGAAUGCGUGCACAGCUCCUUGCUCUCGACCAUCUUGUUCAGCUCAUGGACCCAAAACUCUAUCUUCACCUUCAAUCCGCCGACAGCACCAACUUUUUCUUCUUCUUCCGGAUGCUCCUUGUCUGGUAUAAGCGCGAAUUUCCUUGGCUUGAUAUUCUUCAUUUAUGGGAAGUGUUGUGGACGGAUUAUCUUUCGAGCAAUUUCCAUCUCUUCGUUGCUCUGGCGAUCCUUGACAAGCACCGGAGCGUUAUUAUUGAUCACCUCAAGCAGUUCGAUGAGGUAUUGAAAUAUGUCAACGAACUCUCCAACACGCUCGAUCUGGAAGCUAUUCUCAUCCGUGCUGAAGCACUCUUCCGCCGCUUCGAGCGCACACUUGAGUCCAUAGACAAGAAAUCAAACUUUCCAACUCCUCGAUUACGCCAAAGACCAACCCUUAAUCCACGAUCAAGCUCGUCUCCAUCCAAUCCACCAACCGGAAGAACGAGCGGGACCGACACCAGCACGGCGGCGGCAGAGGCUAAUGCCCCGAAUCCCAAGGGCAAGGAUAAAACUGCGGGCCCGGAAUCAAGCGCUAUUCAGCAGCGAAAAAUCGUUAGUCCUGAACUGAGGUUCCUGUUGUCCAGGAAGGUAGAGGUACUGCCGAGAAAGAUCGUGAGAAAGAAGGGAGAAGGACUGAAGGGGAAGGACACGGUCGAGGGUUCAACAUAGAUGACACGAGUAAGGGCAUGGCGUGGAUGGAAAGGUGUUACUUGAAUUUACGCGUUUUAAUGAGCACUGGGUUGUACUUAGCUUUAUAGGAGGCAGUUAAAUCUAUACAGGCAAUAAUAGGC